CCUUCGCCGCCGCCAUGCCGGGCCUCUGCCGGCUCCUGCCGCUGCUGGCCGCGCUCUGCCCGCCCGCCCUCAGCCUCCGCCAUGGCCCCUCCAGGAUCGCCGUGGUGGGCGGCGGGAUCGGCGGCUCGGCCGCCGCGUAUUUCCUGCGGCAGAAGUUCGGCCGCGGCGUGCAGCUGCACGUGCUGGAGAAGGCAGCGGUGGGCGGCCGGCUGGACACGCUGGACGUGGAGGGUUCCGCCUACGAGGCAGGGGGGUCCGUGAUCCACCCCCUCAACCUGCACAUGAAGCAUUUUGUCAAGGAGCUGGGCCUCUCGGUCGCCUCACCCCAGGGCAGCCUCGCGGGCGUUUACAACGGGGAGGAAUUUGUGUUUGAGGAGAGCAGCUGGUCCUUCAUCAACCUCCUCAAACUGCUCUGGCACUACGGCCUCAACCCCCUGCGCAUGUCCAUGUGGGUGGAGGACAUCCUGGACAAGUUCAUGAGGAUCUACCGGUACCAGAUGCACGACUACGCCUUCAGCAGCAACGAGCGCCUGCUGCACGCCCUGGGAGGCGACGACUUCGCGCGCCUGCUCAACCAGAGCAUCGACGAGGCCAUGCAGAAAGCAGGAUUCUCCCAAAAAUUCAUCAACCAGGUGGUUUGUCCGGCCAUGAGGGUGAAUUACGGCCAAGGGGUCGCCAUCAAUGGCUUUGUAGGUGCUGUGUCCCUGGCCGGGGUGCAGUCAGGCCUUUGGUCUGUGAAAGGGGGGAACAAACUCGUGUGCUCUGGGCUCAUCUACUCCUCCAAGGCCGAGGUUAUCCCAGGAACAGUUGUGUCCAUAGAGCCAAAAACCAGAUCCAAGCGUGGUGGGGACCCGGUGAAGCUCUAUGAGGUCACCUACAACACGUCCUCGGGGCUGACAGGGGACACCUACGACAUCGUCGUCAUUGCCGCUCCGCUUGGUCGCAAGAUGGCCAACAUCACCUUCCGGAACUUCGACCCUCCCAUCCCGGAAUUCCGGAAUCCCUACCACCAGACCGUCACCACCUUGGUGCACGGGCGCUUGAACACCUCCUUCUUUGGCUACCGCGACCCCCAGGCUUUUCACUUUGGGGCCAUUUUCACCACGGACAACCCCAAGCUGUUCAUCAACAGCCUGGGUGUGGUGUCCCCCGUUGGGGACACGGGCACGGGCGGGAAGCUGCCGUUGCCGUCGGCUGUCUGGAAGGUGUUCUCCAAGGAAGAGCUCACCAAGGAGCAGCUCAGUUUGCUCUUCUCCUCGUACGACUCGGUGAAGGUGAAGCCAUGGUUGGCGUAUCCCCAGUACAGCGCUCCCGAGAAGCUUCCUCCCAUCGUCCUGCACGAGCAGCUCUACUACCUGAACGGGCUGGAGCACGCCGCCAGCGCCAUGGAGAUGAGCGCCAUCGCCGCCCGCAACGCCGCCCUGCUCGCCUUCCACCGCUGGCACGGCCACAGCGCCAGCGUCGACCAGGAGGACCUGCACGAGAAGCUCAAAACAGAGCUCUGACACGACCCCCACGGCUUAAUUAACACUAAUGAACUCUGUGCUUCGCACUCCAAGGAGGUGUUUCGUAGGAUCAUUGGAUCCUUACAGUUGGAAGAUCUUCAAGAUCAUGACCUGCAAAAUCUUCCAGAAACAUCAAGACCAUCAAGAUGCCCUGAGUAACUCUAACGAACUCCAUACUUCGCCCCUCCAAAGAGGUGUUUCAUGGGAUCCUUUAGGUUGGAAGACCUUCAAGAUGCUGUAGUUAACUCUAAUGAACUCCAUACUUCACCCCUCCAAGGAGGUGUUUUGUAGGAUCAUGGGAUCCUUAAGAUACAAGAUCUUCAAGCCCAUUAAGAUGCUGUAAUAAACUCUAAUGAACUCCAUACUUUGCCCCUCCAAGGAAGUCUUUCAUAGGAUCAUGGGAUCCUUAAGGUUGGAAGAGCUUCAAGAACUUCAAGGCCAUCAAGACCAGCAAAGCCCUCAAGACCUUCAAGAUCAUCAAGACCCUCAAGGUCAUCAAGAACUUCCAAGUCCAACCAUCAGCCCAACCACGUUCACCAUAAACGACGUCCUCAAGUGCCACAUCCAUGCGUUGUUUGGACACUUCCAGGGAUGGCGACUCUGCCACAACCUAGGCUGGACAACCCUUCCUGCCAUGACAAAAUUCUUCCCAAUAUCUCAUCCUGAUGUCCCCUGGUGCCACCUGGAAGCUGUUUGGCCAGCUCUAGAGGGAGCAGGAGCAGUGAAGAGUUCCCAAGUAAGCUGAGACGUUUUCCUCACACAAAUCCAUGAGUUUUCCUCAGUUUUCCUUGAUUUAGCCCUGUCUGAGGUAGGGAAUUCAUUAAAAGUGCCAUAUUGACCCCCAAAGUGCCCUCCAGCUGGGAAUAUUGACUCCCUGGCUGUCCAUCCCUCUGCCCCAACUUUUCCCAAGGCUCUGCCAAGGAAUUAUUCCUCAAGGUGGGAACUGGGGGAAAAUAAGUGGCAAAGAGGGAGAACCACCAACAUCCACGGCCGUGUUCAGGUACGAAGUUAAUAAAGAAUUUAAUAACCCAA